CUCCUUAAAUCAGCUGUUUAUUUCUGUAAAUAGUUUACAAAUUCUGUUUAUAAUUCUACGCGCAAUAAAUAUUGUAAUUUAAAGUGUGUUAGAAUUAAUUAACUAUUCUUCCGAUAAUUUUUCUCAAUUGGAUUGAGAUCUGAACUGUUUCCUGGUCACGUGAGAGACUCAAUUCCAUAAAAGCCGGUUUGGUUUGUAACUUUUACAGUUUUGGCUCUAUGGCGAGGUUGUUGGCGAAACGCCUUCUUUAAAAAUUUCAAUGUAUUUUUCAGCAUUCAACAAUCCUUUAAGAAAAAUAAGCUGCCCAACACCAAACUUGGUUAUGGCUCCCGAUACCAUUAAAUAGGGCGAAUGCUUUACGUCUUAAUUCAUAAAAAACAAACGCAAAAUAUGAUGCACUAUCGGAAAGGUGAAAAUAUCGAGCAGGAGUUGACCAAGGAUGACUUGCCAUUCGGUGAUUGUUUGUCUAAAUUGCCACAAAAGGACUUUCUUUGGAUGCACGUAAGAGGGGGCACUAAAGUACACAAUGUUAUUAGCUAUGCCAAAAAUGCUUUGGACAAGGGCGAAUAUCGAACAGUCGUUUGGAGCGGUUCGGGUGGCGGUGUGGUGAAGACGGUUUCUUGUGCAGAAAUAUUUAAGCGCAACUAUCCAUUGUAUCAGUUGACGCGCAUGUAUCAAGUUACGAUUGAAGAGCACUGGGUGCCACAGAUGGACGGUUUAGAGCCGAUUCUAGCCAAACGAAAGGUGCCCAGUUUACACAUACUGAUGACGUUGGAUCCAAUCGAUGAGAGUAUUGGCGAUAUUCAGAAACCCAAUACGACGACUGAGUACUGGAGAUGCUCGAGCUCCACCACGCAACAACAAAGACAGUCAGAUCAAGUAGGACAAAAUAGCGAAGGCUUGAGGCAGCGACGACAACAUGGACAAAGACAGUUGUCUAAGAAAAGACCCCAAAGCCAGAAUGCGGGACAAGUGGAGGUAAAGGAUUUUCAAAGAAAAGAGCAACGAGAAAGGCAGCAAAUAUCGCAAAAUCCGAAUAAAAAUCGUAAUGAGCUACGGCAUAAUGGCAAUGGCCAACAUCGUCAGCAACGAGUUAAAAGAAAGCAAAGUGCCGAACUACAACAGCAAUCCGCCCAGGCUUCGCAGAUGGAAGUUGGAACAUCAGGUGGCACUUCUGCACAGCCUACUAAUAUUUCAAAUUAUAUAGAUACUAUAGAAUCUUAAAUAAGUAAUGGAUUGAUUUGAUUUGUAGAAAUUAAGGAGAAGCAGAUCUUAAUCAUACAUGCAACAUCACGACGCAAUUAUGAUUUUUUAUGUUAUCGCUCAAAGAAUAUUUCGAAAAUAUACCACAAUAACAUUUAAUUGUUUGUGUAUUUAACUAUAUUUUAGAUAUCACGGGAGAAGUUGAUGACAAUAAUUGUUGAUGUAGUAGAUACAGAAAAAACUGGCAGAUAGUCCUUGGUUCAAUUGUUUUAAAACAUUUUUAGGUGUUCCUUGCUAUCAUAUUUAUUAGGAAAGCUGUGAUAAACAUCUGAGGUAAUUUCUAUUUAGGCAUAAGAAAUAAGUUCAUAACAUAAACUGCGUUAUGUGUGUAUAUUAAAAAAGGUAUUCAAACUAAUAGCUUAUAUAAGUAUUUUUUAUUUUUUAGUUUUUAUAUUCAUUACAGGUUUAUUCAAUAUUUUUCAGUUAUUGCUGUUUAUUAAAUUUUUUCGCAUAUUCAAUUUAUGUAUGUUGGAAUUAUGGUUGUUACUAUGGAUCUGUUGUUAAAUAAUCAAAACUGGAGACUAAAUAUAGACUUUUGGGUGCUAAUUUGUUGGAUGUAUCAUUCACUUUUUAUUCGUUGGAAUAUUAAAAAAUAUCUAGUAUACCGAUAUAUUAUAUUUAAUUUGUUUAUGUUAUAGGUUUUAUAUGCAUUUAUCUGGAGAAAUUACUACAAAUAAAAUAUUUCGAAAAUAAACAAUAUAUUUAAUGACAUAAAGUUAACGUUUAGCUUCAGUAUGCUGUUUAUGAAAUUGUGAGAUUAACAAUUAUGAUUACGAUUAUUGACUACCGUAUAGUUUAGAUCAAAUAAACCACUCACGAUCGUCAUGUUCUUUCGACAACUAAUAAAUAGUUAAAACAUUAAUUUCGAUGUAAAAUAAAAA